AAUCAUUUCCAUAUUCUGUAAUCGAAUUUCAUAAAAAAAAUCUCAAGUUCAAUUUCAUCAUCAAAUUAAUCAAUGGCCACACAGGAAAUUCAAGAAGUUCUUCCACCAUUCUUAACUUCCAACUCUGACCCACCUGCUGUCUUCGAUGGAACAACAAGGUUGUACACAACCUACUAUUGCCCUUUUGCCCAACGUGCCUGGUUAGCCCGAAAUUACAAGGGAUUACAUGAUACAAUGGAAUUAGUUCCCAUUGAUCUAGAUGAUAGGCCAACUUGGUACAAAGAGAUGGUGUACCCAGCUAACAAGGUACCAGCAUUAGAACACAAGAAGAAGAUAAUCGGAGAGAGUCUGGACUUGAUCAGAUACAUUGAUGCCAACUUUGAAGGACCAUCACUUUUCCCUGAUGAUCCUGCUAAGAAAGAAUAUACAGAUGAGUUGUUUGUGUACAGUGACAAAUGGAACCCUACUCUUUUCUUCUACCUCAGAGGAACUCGUUCAGAGGAUGAAAUGAGGACUUGUUUCGACAAGUUGGAAGAGUGUUUUUUAAAGUACAAUCACGAAGGGCCUUUCCUGCUUGGUGCCCAGUUUAGCGCGGCUGAUGUUGUGUAUGCUCCAUUUGUACAAAGAUACUAUCCAUUAUUUAUAGAUUUGCACAAGUAUGAUAUCACACAAGGGAGGCCCAAGCUCGCAGCCUGGCUUAAGGCACUGGAUAGUGUUGAGGCCUUCCGACAAACCAAAUGGGAUGAUGAGCUCAACAUAAAGAUCUACAAGAGGCGUAACCUGGGGAUUGUCUAAGUCUGAUGCUACUUGUUCGCGCAUACCAGCUCAAAUUCUUCCUCAGAAAUUCCUACUGUUCUAUAAAACUUGCUCUUCAAUAAACAACUUAUAUAUCUAGUCUUUUGCAUUUGUACCAAUUGUUAGACUUGCUACUUUAAUUCUGUAAUAUAACAGGAUUUGGUUUGUAAAUUGUAAUAAUGUUUUCAACUUUAUAAUUACAGUAUUUAUAUCCGUAAA